CACGUUGGCCUAGCAGCUGCUAUGGUUGAAAAGAGCCCCAGAAUGUCUGGGGGUGGGGGGGCGGGUGCAUACUGUCCUCUUCACAAAUGAUUUGAUGUCUGGCCAACCUUAAGCACCCAAGUACCUGAUGUAGAUUCACACACACACACACACACACACACACACGCGCGCGCGCGUGUGUGUGUGUGUGUGUGUGUGUAUUCGAGGAGUGGGUUGUAUGCAUGCCUGCAUGGGUCAGGUCACUUGGGGUCAAUACCCAUCACAGCCCCUUCCCCCACAUUCUUGUCGGGAGUGGGAGAUAAGGCUCAGGGCCACAGACAUCUGCGUCAGAGAUAGGAGGUCUCAAUGCCACGGGGCAGGGGCAACUGGGACGGUAGGGCGUGGGAAGGACUGGGGGAGCCUGGGGUGAGAAGGGUAGAAGAAGGCCGGCUGUGGGAUGGGGAGGGGACAGUGGGGAGGUCCUAGACAAAAAGGGCACAGGGCAGAGUGUGGGUUCCCUGUCGUCAGGACAAGUGAACUAUGGUGACCCAGCCGUCUCUGCUGCUACUUUUGCUGUUGACCCUACAGGAUGUCAACAGCUGCCAGCGGCCAGAACUUGUCCGGGAGCUUGUCCUGGCCAAGGUGAAGGCUCUGUUCCUAGAUGCCUUAGGGCCCCCAGCCAUGGAUGGGGAACGUGGGGAUCCUGGACUAAGGCGUCUGCCUCGAAGACAUGCCCUUGGGGGCUUUGUGCACAGGGCCUCUGAACCAGAGGAGGAAGAUGUCUCCCAGGCCAUCCUUUUCCCAGCUACAGGUGCCACCUGUGAGGAGCAGGCAGCUGCUGGAGGGCUUGCCCAGGAGGCUGAGGAAGGUCUCUUUACUUACGUAUUCCGGCCAUCCCAACAUGUCCGCAGCCACCAGGUGACUUCGGCCCAGCUGUGGUUCCACACAGGGCUAGACAGGAAGAGCACUGCAGACUCCAACAGCUCUGCGCCCCUGCUGGAUCUUCUGGUGCUGUCAUCUGGGGGGCCCAUGGCUGUGCCUGUGACCCUGGGACAGGCCCCUCCACGCUGGGCUGUGCUGCACCUGGCGGCCUCUGCUUUCCCUCUGCUGACCCACCCCAUCCUGGCGUUGCUGCUGCGAUGCCCACUCUGUACCUGCUCAGGCCGGCCUGAGACCACUCCUUUCCUGGUGGCCCACACUACGGCUAGAGCGCUGAGUGCGGGGGAGAGGGCCCGGCGCUCCACUCCCUCGAUGCCGAGGCCUUGGUCUCCCGCCGCUUUGCGUCUGCUGCAGAGGCCUCCUGAGGAACCCGCUGCCCACGCCUUCUGCCACCGAGCUGCCCUCAACAUCUCCUUCCAAGAGCUGGGCUGGGACCGCUGGAUCGUACACCCUCCCAGUUUCAUCUUCCACUACUGCCAUGGUAGCUGCGGGAUGCCCACCUCCGACCUGCCCCUGCCAGUCGCUGGGGUGCCCCCGACCCCGGCUCAGCCCCUGUUUCUGGUGCCGGGGGCCAAGCCCUGCUGUGCUGCCCUUCCGGGGAGCAUGAGGUCCCUUCGCGUCCGAACCACCUCAGACGGAGGUUACUCUUUCAAGUAUGAGAUGGUACCCAACCUUAUUACACAACACUGUGCUUGUAUCUAAAAGCGCCUCCUGUCUCCUCCCAUAGCUGAUGGCCUCCGUCAACUCACCAUCCCACAGCUUCAGCCAGGAGGCAGGCGGGUGUGGAAAGCAGACAGCUUCCAUUUCCUGUUCCCUACAUCUUUCUGUCAGAGAGGUUCCAUAUCCCGCCCCACCCAGGUCCAGGGAAUAACAAUAAAGAAGGAAGUGUGUGUGA